GCGCCGCUGCUGACGCCAUCUCUCCGGCACCUGCCAACAUGGAAGGUGGCGACGGUGGGCUCGCUCUGCCUGGCCGUCCGGCUCUGGGCUCCGCAGCGGCUGCAGCGACUGUCCGGGAGCUCUUGCAGGACGAGUGUUACAGUGAUUUUUUAAAUGAAGACUUUGAUGUAAAGACUUAUACUUCUCAAUCUAUUCAUCAAGCUGUAAUUGCUGAACAACUAGCAAAACUUGCCCAAGGAAUCAGUCAGUUGGAUAAAGAACUGCACUUACAGGUCGUUGCAAGACAUGAAGAUUUAUUGGCACAAGCAACUGGGAUUGAGUCUUUGGAAGGUGUCCUUCAGAUGAUGCAGACAAGAAUUGGGGCUUUACAGGGAGCUGUUGAUAGGAUGAAAGCAAAAAUUGUUGAGCCAUACAAUAAAAUAGUAGCCCGUACUGCUCAACUAGCAAGACUUCAGGUCGCCUGUGAUUUGCUUCGGAGAAUCAUUCGCAUCUUGUAUCUCAGUAAGAGACUCCAGGGACAACUGCAGGGGGGAAGUAGAGAGAUAACAAAAGCUGCUCAGAGUCUCAAUGAACUUGAUUAUCUUUCUCAAGGAAUAGAUCUUUCUGGAAUAGAAGUAAUAGAAAAUGAUCUACUUUUUGUUGCGAGAGCUCGACUUGAAGUGGAAAAUCAAGCUAAGCGCCUCCUGGAGCAGGGUGUGGAGACUCAGAAUCCAACCCAGGUCGGAACAGCUCUUCAGGUUUUCCAUAAUCUUGGAACUUUGAAGGAUACUAUUACCAGCGUCAUGGAUGGAUAUUGUGCUGCUAUAGAAGAAAAUAUCCACAGUGCAUUAGACAUCAAAGUUUUGACUCAGCCUUCCCAGUCAGCUGUGAGAGGGGCACCUGGACGAUCUACCAUGCCAGCCCCAGGAAACACUGCAGCGUUUCGUGCUUCCCUUUGGACCAAUAUGGAGAAACUUGUGGAUCAUAUUUUUACUGUUUGUGGCCAGGUACAACAUCUGCAAAAAAUAUUAGCCAAGAAGAGAGACCCUGUCUCUCACAUUUGUUUCAUUGAAGAAAUAGUUAAGGAUGGACACGCUGAAAUUUUAUACACAUUUUGGAAUUCAGUUACUCAAGCACUUUCUUCUCAGUUUCAGACAGCAACAAACUCUUCUAUGUUUUUGAAACAGGCAUUUGAAGGAGAAUACCCUAAAUUAUUGCGUCUUUAUAAUGACUUAUGGAAGCGUCUUCAACAAUACAGCCAAAGUAUUCAAGGAAAUUUUAAUUCAAGUGGAACUGCAGACCUCUAUGCUGAAUUACAACACAUGGAAGAUGAUACACAAGACAUAUUCAUACCAAAGAAGCCAGAUUAUGAUCCAGGAAAGGCUUUGAAAGACUCAUUACGACCCUAUGAGGCUGCUUAUCUGUCAAAAUCCUUAUCUCGACUCUUUGAUCCUAUCAACUUGGUUUUUCCCCCUGGUGGUCGUAAUCCUCCUUCUGCCGAUGAACUUGAAGGUAUCAUUAAAACUAUAGCAAGUGAACUAAAUGUAGCUGCUGUUGAUGCAGACCUCACAUUAGCUGUGUCAAAAAACGUCGCAAAGACCAUCCAGUUGUAUGGUGUAAAAUCGGAGCAGCUGCUCUCCACCCAAGGAGAUGCAAGUCAGGUGAUUGGACCUCUUACCGAAGGGCAGAGAAGAAAUGUGGCAGUAGUGAAUUCACUAUAUAAGUUGCACCAAUCGGUAACAAAGGUGGUUUCCAGUCAGAGCUCAUUCCCACCAGCAGCUGAGCAAACUAUAAUUUCAGCCCUAAAGGCGGUCCAUGUUCUUAUGGGAAAUGCUGUGCAACCCUUGCUGACUUCCGUGGGAGAUGCUAUAGAGGCCAUCAUCAUCACUAUGCAUCAAGAAGAUUUUUCUGGAUCAUUACCCAGUUCAGAAAAGCCUGAUGUUCCCUGUUCUCUCUACAUGAAGGAGCUUCAAGGUUUUAUUGCCAGAGUUAUGAGUGACUACUUUAGACACUUCGAAUGCUUGGAUUUUGUCUUUGACAACACUGAAGCUAUUGCCCAAAGAGCCAUUGAACUUUUUAUCCGAAAUGCCAGUCUCAUAAGACCUCUUGGUGAAGGUGGGAAAAUGCGUCUUGCUGCUGAUUUUGCACAGAUGGAGCUGGCUGUGGGUCCGUUCUGCAGAAGAGUAUCUGAUUUAGGAAAGUCCUAUCGAAUGCUGAGGUCAUUCAGACCACUGCUCUUCCAGACAAGUGAACACGUGGCCAGUAGCCCUGCACUGGGGGACGUUAUUCCAUUCAGCAUCAUUAUUCAGUUUUUGUUCACAAGAGCACCCCCUGAGCUGAGAUCCCCCUUCCAGAGAGCCGAGUGGUCCCACGCGCGCUUCUCCCAGUGGCUGGAUGACCAUCCCUCUGAAAAGGACAGGCUCCUCCUCAUCAGGGGCGCCCUGGAAGCUUACGUUCAAUCAGUUAAAAGCAGAGAAGGCAAAGAAUUUGCACCAGUUUAUCCCAUAAUGGUCCAACUGCUUCAAAAAGCUAUGUCUGCUCUUCAGUAAUAAUGUGAAGUAUAUCUUAAUCUCCAUUUUGUGCUAACCCAUCCAAGGUUUGCAAUUAAACUAACACAUACUCUAAAGGACAGCUACCAUCUACUAUUUUAAGAAUGUAAUCGAAUUUUUUGUAUUUCCUGUUGAUCUUUCCUGUUUACCUCUGAAGCCCUUCUACCUUAAAUAGCAUAAAAUGUCAAAACUGAUUCAUCAUCACCA